UGGAGUUUUAUUGGUCAUCUACUGAGACGGCCUCUCUGUUCCUCAGCUGUAGAUGUUAAUAUCUCAGCAGUUCUGUUUGUAGUGUGUAGAAGUUAGAUGAGUAGAUAUGAGCUGCACGGUGAAGAAGCUGUAUCACGUCGCUGCUUUCGGCUGGUACGCUUUUAUUGUGCACUAUCUGUUCGCUAAAGGAAGAGAAGCUCCUCCAGAUGGUAUUUUUCCAUAUGGAGGACCAUGGAAAUAUCUCACCUUCAUCAAUCUGAUUGUACAGAUGGUGUUUUUUGGACUGGCGUCAGUCAGAGAUCUGCGGACGCUUGGAAAAAGAUCCAGAGUUACUCUGCUGUCCCAAACUAAAGACCUGCUGUUUUCUGUCUUCGCUUUCCCGUUAGGACUGUUGGUUGUUCUGCUGUUUUGGGUGAUUUUUAGUUAUGAUCGGCAGCUGGUUUACCCAGAAUCCAUGGAUAAUUUCUUUCCCACAUGGGCGAACCACGCCAUGCACACUCUGGUUCUGCCGAUUGUUCUGGGCGAGGUCCUGCUGGAGCCGCAUGUUUAUCCCAAAACCAGGAAUGGUCUGGCUGCUCUGGGUGUUGCUGGAUUUCUGUACUCAGGCUGGGUAAUAUGGGUGUAUGUGAGUGUGGGCAUUUGGGUGUAUCCGUUACUCGGUCUGUUCAGCACCACUGGCCUGGUCGCUUUCUUCAUCUCCAACAUAUUCGUGGUGAUCCUGCUGUACCUGCUGGGACAAACUCUGAACUUCAGAAUCUGGGGUAAACAGCAGGUGAAGGUGAAAAAGAAUUGAAACCACACAAGAACAAAACAUCCAUCAAUGCAAUUAAUUCAGGCUUUGCAUUCAGC